GUACGGAGGGGACACCUGAUGAAGCGCAUGGUCAGGGCCACUCCUGGGCCACUGACGUCCCCACUGUUGCUCCUCCACGCCACUGCUCCCGGGCCAGGAGACCUGGAGGCCCUCUCGGGCAGCAACAACAGGGACCUGGAGAACCAGAGCCGCUCCGGGGAGACGCUCCGCCAGUCCGCAUCCCUCCUUUUCUACCUCUUCUCCUUCUACCCCUCCCUUCCUUGGCUCUCCGUCAACCCUUCAGUUCCACAUACACCAAGCCUGUCACACACAGGCCCUGGAGGCCGACAGCCAGAAGCACAUGUGACCAAACGUCAUUUUGCAUAUUGCUAACUUCUAGGAAGAAAAUACAGGGGGAGCAGUGAGAUGGACAGUCAGGGGGGCGGGAGGGGGGCGUGGAGCUCGCUGCAGAUGGGAAGGGAGCAGAGAAAGCUUGGCUGAGGGGUGACGUUAACACCAAGAUCUGAAGGCCACCAAGAAGCCUGCCAUGUGACCAUCCGGGAGAGGAGUCUGCAGGGACAGGCCACCCCAGGCUGGAGCAAGCUUGGAGUUCACUAGGAAAAGACAGCUGGGGAGGGGGCAGGAUUUUGGGGGAGGUGGUCAGAGGGGCUGUUGAGGGCUGGGGGGAGCCUGGACCUGCGGCUGGAGCGAUCCUCUGGGCUCUCCGUGCAGCACCAGCAGGCCGUCGGGGGCACCCAACUUGGGCAAUGUGCCACGCUGGGCCCCAGCCACAGGGAGCUCACAGGAGACUGGCCAGUUACAAGUGCUGUGGUACCAAGGGCCACAGAGGCGGAGCAUGUUAGCGAAAAUCUUGCUCCCUUGCCGUGCCUGGGGACCCAGGCCCUACCCAGCCAUGUCCUCCCACAGGGAACUGUUCUGUCCCUGAGUCCACCCGGCUGAGCCCGUGCCCGCCGCCCCUCACUCUGCAGGUGACUUGAUGGGGGGCACACCAGCAUGCAAAGUCAACGGGGUGAGGUGACAGCCCAGCUUCAAUCCCUGGGGAAAUUUCCGUGGUCACCCAGCACCCAGAAUCUCUCACUAGCGGCGCCCUUGAUGUGCCUGGCCAAGGGCACCACAGGGAGCUCUCCUCCCGGUCCUCCAGGGAGGGGUGCUGACUCUGCCUGCUCCCGUCUCCAGCACCUGACCCCUUGGUCACUCGCCACCAGGCCCAGCUGAACUUGGGCUAGGCCCAAGACCAGGGCUCCCACAGAGUGGACACCUAGGGACACCCCUGCCUAUCCAGACUGGCCCCCUCCCCUGCUGGAGGGGCCCCAGAAGCCAAUGCUGGCAAACUCACGACUUUCUGAAUCCCACCACAUCCCUGGCAGUGCUCAGGACACAGACAGGGGCACCAACAAGGCACAGUCCUUCCAGAAGCCCCAUUGAGAGCGUCACUGGUCACAGGGACUCUGGGAUGGAUAACCUCGUGUUGUCUCUCUCAUUUAGGCCAUUUUUCCCCCCAAGGACCCCAGGCAAGAAAGAAAGUUUGCAAAAGGCAGUUUCAACCUCCAAAAUUUAAAUUGGAGGAGGAUGAGGAGGGCUGGGGCUUGCCACCAGGGGACAGCCUGGGUUGGCAGCGACUAGCCUGGCUGUGGACUCAGGGAGGGACGAGACCCGAGACCACCAUUUCCCCAAGAAAAGAAGAAAGGGAUCUUUUUUUCUUGGCUCAGACCCAUCCUGCCAGGCCCCCGACGGGCGCUCAGGGAGGCCGUGUUAACGUGUUCUCACGGGAGUCCCGGCUGUGGGCCAGCCUUGGCCCUUCCCGGACGACGGGGUGCGUGGAGGAACGGGGGGCAACUGGGGGGCAACGGGGCGGGGGCGGCCAGGACCCCAGGGUCGCCCACAAGCAGGACCGUGUGGGCGCACGGUGGGGUUGGGGGACCCCGGCCGAGUCGAAGCUCCAAGCCGGCGGCGCCCUGAGGUCCGACGUUCGACGUUCCCCGACGGCAGGACCCCCCCCUCCCCCCGCACCCGGAGAGGUCCAGCCCCGGGCGGGGCGGGGGGGGGGGAAGGUGUGGGCCGGCGUGGCGGGCGCUCCCUCUCCCCCAGGGGGCGCCCCGGCCGGGCCCCGAGCGGGCGGAAGCAGAGGGGGCGCCACGCGGCGGGAGACGAGGCCAUGGGCGCGCGCGUCGGGGCGCUGCUGCUGGUGCAGCUGCUGGUGCGAGCGGAGCUCGGGAGGCAGGGUGAGCUCAGGCGGGGGCCGCGGGCCGGCGGGCGGGCGCCCGCGGACCACGUGGGGAGGGUCCCGGGGUCCCCGGGUCCCCCUGCGGCGCGACCCCCGACGCGCGCCCUUCCCCGUCCCCGAAGGGGAGCCCCUUCCCUUCGCGCAGGAGGGCGGGGUCCUGCCGCUCAGCCGUGUGUCCGUCUGUCCGUCCCAGGGCCCUGUGGCCAACGAACCGUUUCGACGCGCGUGGUGGGCGGAAAGGACUCGGAGCUGGGGCGCUGGCCGUGGCAGGGCAGCCUGCGUUUAUGGGGCUCCCACCACUGCGGAGCGAGCCUGCUGAACCGCCGCUGGGUGCUCACGGCCGCGCACUGCUUCGAAAAGCACAGUGAUCCCUUCGAGUGGUCGGUCCAGUUCGGGGAGCUGUCUGCCUCGCCGUCUCUCUGGAAUCUACAGGCCUACUACAACCGGUACAGUGUGGAGGAGAUCAUUUUGAGCCCCAUGUACCUGGGAGCUUCAUCCUAUGACAUCGCCCUGCUGAAGCUGUCCUCCUCUGUCACCUACAAUAAGUACAUCCAGCCCAUCUGUGUUCUGACCUCCUCUUCCGAGUUCCAGAACCGGACCGACUGCUGGGUGACCGGCUGGGGGGACAUCCAAGAAGAUCAGGUGCUGCCAUCCCCCUACAUCCUCCAGGAAGUGCAGGUCGGCAUCAUAAACACUGCCAUCUGUAACUACCUCUACACACAGCCUGCUUUCCGCCUUGACAUCUGGGGAGACAUGAUUUGUGCCGGCCAUGUCCAAGGUGGCAAGGACGCCUGCUUUGGUGACUCAGGUGGACCCCUGGCCUGUGAAAAGAAAGGGCUGUGGAUUCAGGUUGGAAUCGUGAGCUGGGGAUCAGGCUGCGGGAGGCCCAACCGGCCUGGUGUUUACACCAACGUCAGUAGGCACUUCAACUGGAUCCGGAGGCUGUUGGCCCGCAGCCCCAGCGUUCCCAGGCCAGCCCCCUGCCGGCCCCUGCUCCUCCUCCCUCUGCUCUGGCCUGCCUUCCUCCUGCAGCUGGCCUGAGCCCUGCAGAGCCCGGGAGAGUGGGGCCGUCUGCUAAGCCAGGCCCCGCUCCCUGGGUUCCUUUGCUAAUAAACACGUUUGCAUGUUGGAGUCUGUGCCUUGCGGAGCCUUCUGCGGCCCCGGGGGGCUCCCUGGACACCCGGUCACCCCAGCAGCACUCCCUAACUCCUAAAUCUUGCUCCAGCGGUCCGCACUAUUCAGGUUUGGGGGGCAAGCCACAGGACCCCCUCCGGUUAGUUGAGUCAGAAAGAUAAUUUAUGGGAGGACAUUAGUAGCCCCUGGGGAGACGAACGGGGGUGCCGGGAGGAAACGUCCUGAACCCCCCGGUGCUCGGGGCCCCCCACCAGACACUCCUGGUCUGACCUCCGUCCCUGAGGCCGACCUGGGACCAGAACUGGGGUGUAGGAAGUUGAUUUGGGAGGUGAUACCAGGAAGCCCCAGUGAAGAGGUUCCCGCUGUGGGCAACGGAGGCACAGUCCCGCUGGAGCCCGUGAGAAACCACAGCGGCACCUCGGCACCCGCGAAGCAAACCUCCCUGCUCACCCGUGAUCCUGGGAGGAAGGCUGGAACGGGGUUCUGCUUCCCCAAACGGGGGAGUGGUCAGACGCUGGUGGGCUGCCACAAACAAGACCAAAGUCCUUCCCGCCAGGCAGGAGGCUCCGUCUGCUCCCUCUCACCAGCUCCCUCAGAGGCCACCGCUGUGUCAGAUGCGGCGCCCCAUUUGUUUCCUUCCUGCCCUCCCCCAUGCCACACGCAGCAGGGCCAGCGGCUUCCUGGUGCUCCUGGGCUCCUGGCCAGGCUGGGCACCCCACCCCUGCAGGGACCCUACCACCUCCUGUUGCCCCUCACCCCUCGUGAGGCUCCCCCACACUUACAUGGCGCCUGUGUGACCGGCUCUGGCCUGACUUGGGGUCCUUGCAGGUGCCGUUUCCUUGGUCUAGAAUGUUCCCCCUUCUCCUGGUUGAGCCCUACUCUCCUCCAGGCCUCAUCUGAGACAUCGCUCCCUCCACUCUGUCAUCUGCUCAUCACACCCAUUAGGGUCCUUCAGGCCGGCUCUCCCUUUGUCACUAACUGGCCGUGGCCGUACCUUCCUGCAUGGGCGGUCCCGGAGCCUGUGCUGGCCCAGCAAUGACCACGCAGCCCUGUGCCCUUCACGGUGGAGACACCCCACAGCCCCACCCAGGAUCAGUGACGGGCUCCGGGAAGUCUGGCCACCCCCUCCUGUGGCACAGGCCACGCUGGACGUUUCCGGGCCCAGGGUGGGAGUCCUAGGGGACCAUCGACACUCCGCCCCGGGGGAUCAUCAUGGUGCAGCGCUGGGUCCCUGGUUCCUUCACCCCGUGGUGUCCCCCACCCUUGCUCUCCUGAGAUAGGCCGGAGAUGGUAAGUGCUCUCAGCCAUCCUGGGAAGGGA